AUGGCCCAGCAACCCGAAGAGACGCCCUGGCACGCCGCAUUCCCGACCCCGUCCAGGUCGCUCUCCGACUCGUCUCUCGCAACCAUCUCGGCGCAGAAGUUGCGGAGCAAGGUUGAGCAGCAACCGGAGCUGUCGAAGCGUGACUUCUUGGUGGUCGACGUGCGGAGAACGGACUUUGAGGACGCCUUCAUCAAGGGCGCUAUCAACCUGCCUGCUCAUUCGUUCUACCCGACUUUGCCGUCGCUUCUUCCCAUUCUCUCCCGCUACCGCUCCGUGAUCUUCCAUUGCCAAUCCUCCUCCGGCCGUGGACCUCGCUGCGCAGGCUGGUACCAGGACGCGCUCGACGAGGCGAACAUCCCGAACGAGCAGAGUCAGGCGGUCGUGUUGACGGGCGGCAUAAAGGCGUGGGUCAAGGCGUAUGGGGAGGACGAGAGCGUGACGGUCAAGCUGGGCGAGAAUGGGAGGAAGGUGUAG